GGGAGGCACCUGCGCUGCUGCAGCGCUGCGCUGGAGGCAGGGGAGCAGCGGGUGCGGAGCUCUUGGCACCGCUGCCGGCGCUUGGCAGUAGGCGGAGGAAGCACCGCGGGGCACGGAGCGCUGUCCCGGAGCUGCCCGGCUGCUCACCAUGCGCGGGGCCGCUCUGCUGCUCCUGGCGCUGGGGCUGCAGCAGGCCGAGGGCCGGUGUUUCUUCAACCGCACGGAGGAGUACUGCCUGUGCUAUAGGCUGACCCAGCAGAGCGCCGGCAGCAUCAUCCAGUGCCUCGCCGCUUCCGCCGUGGAGUUCCAGGGGGGAGACCUGGAGAAAUACGCUGACUUUGCCAUCGAGGACCUGGACGCCUCCACCAUCGACAUGCUUGGCAGCCUGGAAAUCAGGAAGAUCAUUUUUUCGGACCUUUUGGUUCCUGAGGUCCUCCUGGCCCGCAUCCUGCGGUUCUUCUCCUACACUCGGGUGCAGGAGAUGGUGUUUGAGAGCUGCAGCUUUGUGGGGAGGAGCAGCUGGGCGGACAUGGCGGGCCAGGCCUUGCCCAUCGUGUCACUGAGCUUCCACAACGUGACGGCCGCUGCGCUGGCAGGCCGUGAGCAGGACCUGUCCCCACUCGGCCGCUGGCUGGGAGCCCUGCAGGAGCUGUCGGUCACCGCCUCACACGUGGCCGUGCUGCCCUGUGCCGUGGGCCGGGCGCUGGGGUCCCUGCGCUCGCUGGACCUGGCACAUAACAGCCUGGGGGAUGACAGCCUGGCUCCUGCCUUCUGCAGGGGGGCCUUCGCGCAGCUGCAGGUGCUGAGCCUGCGGCACAACAACCUGACGUCGUACCACGCUGUGUGCGGCGGUGUGCAGCUGCUGGGCGAGCUGCGGCACCUGGAUCUCAGCCACAACGCGCUCAUCACCGGAACGUCUUCGUCCUCCGCCUGCCAGUGGCCAGCGUCCCUCCGCGUCUUUAACUUGUCCAACGCCGGCUUGGACGAAGUGCUCACACCUCUGCCCCCCAAUCUGGAGGUGCUGGACCUGAGCUCCAACCGCCUCCACGCUGUGGACAUCUCCCUGCGCUCCCUGCAGGCGCUCUUCCUCAGCCGCAACGUGCUGCCGGCCCUGCCGUCCAUCAGGGGCUGCCCCGCGCUGCGCACCCUGCACCUGGACAACAACCUGAUCGCGGAGCUGCCGCGGGACGAGGUGCUGCUGCUGGAGCACCUGCGCGAUGUGGCCGUGGCCGGGAACCCCUUCAACUGCACCUGCGCCGGGGCUGGGGCCGUGCAGGCGCUGGCGGCCAUGGGGUGCCUGGGGCAGGGCUGGCCGCAGGGCUACGUGUGCCAGGCGCCUGCCCGCUACCAGGGCGUGCUGCUGCGGGACGUGCCCGCCUCUGUGCUGCAGUGCAACCCCGCCGCCGUGCUGGCUCCUGUGUGCACGGGCCUGGCAUUGCUCUGCGUGGCCGUGGCUGGCGGGCUGCUGUGGGCACGGGGGGCACGGCCCCGGUGGCUGUGCAGCCUGGGGCGCCAGAAGGAUGCUUGCAAUACUGCAGAGCGCUUGUAAGGGCUCUCUUGGUGUCCCACACCACAAUUCCCUGCGGAACAGGACUGUACCCAGCAUUGUCCCACCGUAGUGGUGGCUUUCCCAACUUGAAUUUUGGAAAUCCUCUUAGAAGCAUUAAGGUUUGGAAAGACCUCUUAAGAUCAUCUAGUCCAACCCCAAUCUAUCUCAUCGUGUUCCCAGGUGCCACGUUUACACAUUUCUGGGACGCCUCCAGGGUCCGUGACUCCACCACCUCCCUGGGUAGCCCAUGCCAAUGCAUUAUCACUCUUUCAGAGAAGAAACGUUUCCAAAUAUCUAACCUGAGCCACCCCUGGCACAACAUGAGGCCAUCACCUCUUGUCCUAUCACUGUUACCUGGGAGCAGAGGCCGACCCCCCCUCACUACAACCUCCUGUCAAGGAGCUGCAGGGAGUGAUGAGGUCUCCCCUGCGCCUCCUCUGCUCAGGCUGAGCAGCCCCUGUUCCCUCAGCCACUCUCCAUAGGAGUUGUGCUCCAGACCCCUCACAGCUCCGUGCCCUUCUCUGAGCACGCUACUGUGCCUCAGUGUCCUCCAUGCAGUGAGGGGCCCAGCACUGAGCACAGCACUCAAGGUGUGGCCUCACCAGUGCCAAAUACGGAGGGACGACCGCUCCCUGCUCCUGCUGGCUGCACUACUGCUGACACAAGCCAGGAUGCUGCUGGAUUUCUCAGCCACCUGGGCACAGUGCUGGCUCACAUUCAGCUGGCUGUUGCCUAACUGCCCCCAUCCUUUUCCCCCACCCUGCUUGCCAGGGACAGUUUUCCUUACAUCCAGCCUUGCUGCUCCUCGCCCCAGCUGGCACCCAUUGCCCCUGUGGUACUGGUGGCCUGAAUCGAGAGAAGCUGGGCUCUAUCAUGUCUGUGCAGGGGGACUGAGGCGAGUGGCUGAGAAAGGAGUGAACAGAGAGAGCAGGGGGUAUGGGGAGGCUGGCCGGGGGUGGGCAGCGUUCGUGCCACGCUCUGUUCUGCCUUCCCAUUAAAAUCUGCUCCUGGGC